CCGCUUUCAUGAGCUGUGUGGAAAGCCAGUGAGUAAGAAAGCAGAGGGAGAGGAGAGAGGAAAAAAGAGACGGUGGGGAUGUGUGUGAGUGUGCGGUGAUCGUUCCUGCAGGUACAGUCAGAGCCGGAUACGGGUUUUACAGCCGCACCAGACCGCGGCAAAACCGUCUCGGAGCCUGCGUCUCUCCUCCUCAUCCCUUCCAAAAACCCUCCGCAAUGUCUGGCGGAGGAGAGGUACGCGUCCUCCGCCAAGAGGCCGGGCAAGAGAGCCCGAGGAUGCCGGCCUGGAAGCGAGAGAUCCUGGAGAGGAGGAAAGCAAAGGGCGGCGGGUCUGGAGGACCCGGCUCCGUGGAGACAAGUCCCGGUGGUGCGGGCCCGCAGCGGGCAAACGGCGAGCUGAUCGGAAAUGUGAACGGCAGCAGCGGAUCCCCUAGUGACAGCGGUGCGAGCGGCGGGUCCGGGCGGAACUACACCAUCACCACAGCCAGUCAACACUUCACGAACAACAAAGAGCCACGGCCGAUGGCCACAGGGAGGACGAGUUCAAGAGAGGACGACAGACAGGAGAGCCUAGUGCUACAAGAAAGCCUGGGCCCACUGGAGGAGAAUCCGUUCAUCAAGCUGGAGAAGGAGCGGAGGAGACGACAAGACCGAGAAAACGCCGCUCGUCCGGUCCAGCACAUCCUUGAGCUGUACGGCAGCGUACCUGGGAUACGGACUAUCCGCGCAGAGAAUAUAAUCAUAAUUGAGUCGGAUCCGGAUUACUUUCAGGAAACUGGAGGGCUAAAAAGCGGGUCCAAAUGGCAGCAAAACGGUGUCAGUAGUUAUAGCUCUCUGAACGAUCUCCUGGACCGGAGAGGGAGUGCUGUUACUGAGAUAAGAGCUAAGGAAGUGGUUAUUUAUGACACCACGUUAAGCAAGAGUGAGGAGAACCUGAGCACCCUGGGUCGCCCUGAUCAUGAGGUCUCAUAUGAGACAGGUGAGGGUCAAGGCAGGGUUAGCCGGAUGCUGCAGAAGUUUGACAGCAACUACGGGAAGCUGCAGAAGAAGUCCCACAGCACAGAGAACCUGCUGGACCUGGAUUGUAGUGCCAGCAGCAGGCCAAGACUCCGGCCCACACCACAGCCAGAUCUGGUGCCAAAGCCCUGGCCAGGUCCUUCGGUCAGCAGCCAGCCAUCUUCGCCUGUCUUCCAGAGUCCUUGCUCUUCCAAACCAAAGCCACAGUCCGCUGUCUCUGAGCUGGGAAGUCCCCAGCGCUCUGCCGGGCCCCCUCAGUCUGUGUCUUCCUUCCGUCAGAGGUUUGAGGAAAGUGGAAGCCGUGGUACUGCUGUCACACCCAGAGAUGAGCCAGACAGGGGGCAAACCAAGCCCACCAUAGAGAGAGACUGGGAGGGCGCAGAGGUGCCACCCAAACCCAAGGUGCCAUGCUCUCCGGAGACCCUUCGUGCCCGUGCCGAGUGCCCCUCAAGCCCCUUGUCAUCCAAGGUGUCGCAGUCUUCACCCGAGUUUGAGAUUCGUCCCUCCCCAAAGCCAGACCUUGCCCAAAUUCCUGAUGGGGACACCCAGGCACGGGCCCUUGCAAACCUGCGCCUGCAGUCACGAAACUCCUUCACAGUGAUCCCCAAGCGCCAUCCUGCUGCCUCAUCUGCAACAGGCAGCCCAACACCGUCCAGCCCGAUCAAGUCUUCCCCCUCUCACAGAGUGGCAGAGGUGCCCACACCAGGAGUGCCAACCUCCCACAGCCCUAUGCCUACUUUGACCCCUCCAAAGAGGAAUGAGGAGAGGGAGGUCAAAACCCCUGCAAGGCCACUGAAGCCUGAUCCUUCUCCUUCUGCUUCUACAAGUCCUGCGCCUCCUCCAGCCUCAGAACCUUUGUCUCCAUCUCCUGCUCAAACCCCAACUCCAUCCUCUCCACCUGCCCUGUCCUCACCCCCCUCUUCUCCAGCUGUCCCAUCUUCACCUUCAUUCUCUCCGGUUCCCUCAGACUCUCCUGUCCCUUCAACCCCCUCCCCAGCUCCAGAACAACCUUCUGUGGAUCAUUUGCCAGUAACAAACAUAGAUGACAUUGACGUAGAGCUCCCGCAGCGUGUGCCUGCUCCUAGCCCUAUGGUGCAAAGGAAGAAGGGGAACACCUUCACUGUGGUGCCUAAACGUAGAGUGGAACCCACGGCACAGCCAAGCUCACCUGAGCUCCAACAGGAAGCCUCAAACAAGGCUCCACCAGGAUCCACACCCCCACAGGCCCCGUAUGCUCAUCUGGGAUCCCUCCUAAAGAAACGUUACCCCGCUGUGGAGGAGAUUGAGGUCAUCGGUGGUUAUCUUUCUCUUGCAAAGUCCUGCCUCUCCAAGACUGGCUCCACCGGCAAGAAGCUCAAGAUCUCAUUCAAUGAGUCGAGUCUCCAUAGUACGUAUGAGUAUCCAUCGGAGAGCAGCGUGUGGGACAGCGGGGAUGAGGACGAGGAGGACAAACGAGACGAGAAGGUAUCGGACGAACAGCCGAGCAUGGUGGGGCGCAUCCACAUCCCUCGACCCAGUUUCACCGGCUCGCCCACGCACACGACCAACAGCAACGACCUUUCCAAUUACGUCCCCAAGCACUCUGUGGACUUCAGUGCCUGGCAGGAGCACAAACAUGAUGACAGUGUUUACCAGGAGGACACCACUUCCCAGCAGACACAGAUGACAGAGGAAGUCAUGCUCACCCCGGCAGACAGCUCCUCCCUGUCUGACUACAGCAGCGAACCUGCUCUUUACUUUUGAUCAGUCGCACCAGUCGUACCUGUACGGUAGCAUCACACCUGUGGGACCAGACUGCAGCGAGAUCUGUCACACCUGGGCCUAAACUGCCUCCAGCUCCAUACACUCCAGCUGUCUCUAAGCACAUCUUCCUGAUCAGUCAGGAAACACGUUUUGUUAUGGGGUUCAUUUUUUUUGUUUUGGAGGGAGGGGGGGUCUGAUUUACUGCCACGGUACCACUGCACGCCACGUUACCAACUGCAUAUCAGAGCAGAACUGCUUUCUGCCAGGCUGCCACUAUUCCGUUCCCACCUUCUUCCGGGCCUGAUGCAACAAAUCCAAAAGCAGCUGGACUGUCUUCCCCCUUCGAAUCUGGACAGUUGACCUGUCAUCCUCCCCUCUGACAGAAUCGAAUCCGCCCUCAAAAUCUAGAGAGAUGUCAGUCUUCCUCUCCAGACUCUGGAAGAAGUUCCCUCCUGCAGUUCUCUGUCUCUUCAGCAUUGCUGCAGGUUUUUGGGGGUUAGAUGUUGAGAAGCGAAAGAGCUGAAAGUGAGUGAUCGAACUAAAAGAACAGGAAGCUGCCAGUGCCCAUUUGUAGGUAAGGCCGCGUAACAGAGUUCAGUGUUAGCAUGGAAACAUGUCAUUAGUUGUGUAGAUUGUUGGCAGGCUCAAAGACAUAAAAAAUGGUAAAAGGGUGCCACAACUGUAGUUUUUUUUGUGUCUUUUUUUUUUGUACCUGCAUGUUUUGAUUUCAGCCAACAGCUUUGUUGGUUCUCCUUUACUGUAAAGCUUCUGUAUGCCUUUUAGUUUUCUUUUCUGGCAAACUCUGCUGUAUCGAAGCUGCUGGACGUUCAAUAGGAAAGUCUUUUAAUGGCAAGCAAACUUCAACACACACUCCCUUUUUUCACAAUAAGGGAGGCAAAAUAUGCACCCCAGGGAAGACUUCUGUCAAUCAGCAGCAACUCUGAUUUCUGAUUGAAGCGCUUGAAAAAGUGACCUUGGCCAAUAAUGUCUGUAUGUCCGUGUUGCUGGCAAUGACAAACAAAAAAUCAUCAUACUGUAGAAUGUUUCUGUGUCCUGUGUAUCGAAAGCUGUCAGAGCUCCUGACGGCUUUUCUUCUGGCUUCUCGUGUAUUUAUUCCUGCUUAAAGUUGAAGUUUGCAUGUCUGCUCAUGUACAAAAGACAUUUUUGUAAAGACAAAUUUGCUGGCCAGGACGGAACCGGGCUGGCGCAAACGGCUCCACCGGAUCUCUCUUUGUUUUUUGUUUUUCCCAGUCGGACCUCAUGUACUUAAACAUUCCACAGAGAAAGAAGCCGGUCUAUUGAAGUAAUGAAGGCAGUGGUUGUGAUCAUUCAUACUGUGGCAUGUCUGUGGGAGAGAAUGCAAGAUUGUGUGUGUGUUUGAAAGAAUACGUAAUUUUUUUUAAAGAUUGUUUUAUAUACGAGAAUGCAUGAAAUUUCCAGAUGAUUUUUUUUUUUAAACUCAUAAUGCCAACCAAUUAAAGUGUUGCUGUAACAGCCUCACAAUCAUUCUUUUACGCACGCAGCAUCGACCCUUUGGCCAGUAUUGUUGUACAGUUUCCACCAUAUUUUCAUAAGAUGUAUUUCUUACUCCUGUCUUUUUUUUUUUUUUUAUAAUUUCUCUUUAAUUUUGUCUUUUUCCAAUGAAUAUAGGAAUUGUCUGUUUUGUCUGGAGUCUUGGAUAUUCAUAGUGUUUGCACUGUUAUGCUUUUAGCUUUGUUUUGCACCUCAUGAGAAGGACCGGAGUAGGCGACAGAGGAAAUGUGCUCUUAAAAAAAACAAAAACAAACAACGUCUAGUUGGAGAGUUUGGUUUCAGAACAAUAGUCCCUAUUAGCACCUGCUUUUAUACAUCCAUUGAUUGUAUGUCACAUACAGGAGAUGGGUAAGAAUUCUGAGCCCUUUGUUUGGCAGAGUAACAAUUUGUUAGACUGCAGCUAUGAGGUUUUUUUUGGAUUAUCAAAAUGAAUGAGUGGCAUUUUGAAAUAGAACUCUUCAGCUGUACAUGAUGAACGCACUGCCGAUGAAUGCCAUGUCCGCUUUUUUCUAUUUUUUAUUUUUUUUUCAGUUUGCCACAGCCUUGCAUCAAGAGUCUUAAGAUUGUCGGCCUUGAUGCUGUGACCACAAACUGUAGCAAAAAUGUAGUUUCUCACACAGGUCCAUGGCAUCAUCUUACCCCCAGAUCACCCCUCAGAUCUGUUUAUUUUUUUGUUCUAAGACCUGAGGUGUCUCAAUCUAAUGUACAGAACUUUAAAGGACCAUACCAGUGAUUUUAACAUGUUUUAGCCCAUUUAGUACAGGUCAUAUACACUUUGCAUUUUUACAAGCCUUUGUACAAACCGUGCUACUGUGGUUUAAACAUUUGAAUGUAUGUUUUUAUGCAUUUCAGCUGUCUGCUCAAUUUCCUACAGCAUGAAGAGCUCACAGUGAACAUCAGGUCCCAUCAUGGAUCUGGAAAAAAUCCUACCUUCUUUUUUAUUUUAUUUAAUUUUUUUGUACAGAACACUCCUUCACUUAACAAGAGACUAAAUUGCUCAAGUUAGAUGUUAAACGCAAGCAGCAGAACAAGAAUUUUUGCAGUCUCAAAUUAUGAAUCUGAGUGAGUGUUCAGACCUCAGCACCACAGACACAUUUCAGUCGGUUCCAAAAAUCGGUAUCCACCUCCAAAAUGUUUUGACUUUUUGAAUGAAUCUGCACUUAAACUACAUCACCAUGCAUUACAAUUAUUUAGGGUUAACUAUAAUGGGACAGACAAAUUAAUGCAGACUUGAUGUUCACUGUGGGGGAUUACACAUCUCAAGCAAGGUUCUUGACAGUCUAGUAUUUGUUUUCAUACCUGGUGGAAAUUAAUGGAAAUGGGAGGAAAAACACAAAACCUCAUAGCCUGAAAAAAGUCAGCCAAAAUGUGAAGUACACAAGAAUUGUAAUUAAGGGGCUAAAGCUCCCCAAAUACACUGGUGUGGUUCUUGAAGUUUCAUUUUGCCCAGAGACAGCCUCUCUUGGACCUGCUGUGGAAUCGUAGCAUAACGGUCACAUGCCACGCCUGUGGAUCCAUCUGCAGAAGCUGCUGCCUUCAGCGACCAAAACCCCAAAGAGGACGUCUACUCUUUGUGGGAAUCUUCAGCUCUGUGGCUUUCUGUGAAACUGAAGGACCAAACAAGGCAGAAUAAAUUGCGUGAAUCUUCACCAGCGAGAACUUUUCUGAUGCCCGUUGCUGGGACAGAAACACACGAUUUGACUUCUGAAGUGUACAUGCGGUCUCUUGCCGCAAUGUUUUCCCAUCUGUCAACUCCUGUUGCAAAGUGAGCAGUUUGUGUUGGUCGCAGUGUAUCAACUCUGUGGUAGAAGCUCCAUCCUGUUCCCCCUUUACUUUUUCCCUUGUCUGUAAAUCUACAUCGCUGCAGAAGUGCUUACUGUAAAGCUAUUGUCAAUGAUUUGGGCAAGUUAAAAAAAAACAAACAAACAAAGUGAUGUCAUACUUGUACAAAUUAAAGCUCAAUAAAUAGGAGACCUGAACAAGUGUUAA